CACGGCUUAAUGGGCGCCUGCAAACAGAAGAGGAAGUGAGUGAGUAAGAAGAAAUAUGUGACAGAGGGGAGCGGAGGAGUAGCCUACAUCUGCUGCUAGAGCUGCACUUCUCAUAGAGCCGGACAGCCCGAGAACCGCCGGACUGAGUUGUCAUAUUAUUUCAUAGGAAGGCUGGUGUUUGAAAGGUCACCUCACGCAGACUCCUUCAAUGUUGUAAGUGCUGAAGAGCUCGGUAGACCGUGUCGAGGUGACGGUGGGAGGACGCCAUGGCCAACAGGCAGUCAGACAGCUGCAUGGGCGACCAGGCCCCUCUGGUUCUGGUGAGCCGCUUCUCCACAGAACUCCAUAUAUCUGAGCCUGGUGAUGAUUGCUGCCAGUCCCAAAGCACCCCCACACCCCAAUCUGAAACAUCCACGCCCCAGGAAGAUGUAGUAGAUAGGCUGGUGGUGCCUCAGCCGGUGGUUUUGAGCACCCAGAGUCCUGCAGCCCAGAAGGUUGGCACCCACCAGCUCAUACCAAAGUAUUUAGCCGGUCGGCCUAAAAACCGCCACCACACCACAGUGGUGACGUUCCCAGUGGGACUGGAAAACUCCACCAGUGUAACCCGGAGCCGUCACUCAACCCAGGGGCCAGAUUUGUCCUGGGAGGAUUAUGACAGUGAUGGAGACGGCUUUGCUUUGAGGAGGAACCGCAGGAAUAAGUCAUACAGAGCCGCUGUGACAACCCUGGACAUUGAAGCCAUGGCGUCGGAACAAGGGCCUGCAACCACACUGAAACCGGUCAUAGAGGACCGAGCAGCCAGUCCUGGUCGAUCUCGCAGCACUGGACGCAAGCGAUUCCUGGGGAGAAAGAGGAACCAGAACCAACAUGGGUCCUUCAAAGAUGCUACACCGUGCCUCUACCAGGAGAUCCGUGAGCGAGGGCUGCAGCCCGCCAACCAGGAUGAGCUACUGGAUGACUUUGUGGUGGUGGAGUCUCCCGUGGAGGACCAGGGCAUCGUAGUGAAGAGCUACCGGCCGGCACAACUCACCUGGAGCCAGCUGCCACAGGUGAGGGACACAGGUAUCCUGACAUUGAUCUCACCUCAGGAGCGAAAGAGACAAGAGGCCAUUUUUGAGAUCAUCACAUCAGAGCAUUCGUACCUGCACAGCCUGGGCAUCCUGGUGCGUCACUUCAAGAGUAGUGAAGCUCUGAGGAAAACAAUGACGGCCACAGAGCACCACCACCUCUUCUCCAACAUCUCUGUCAUUCACCAAGUCAGCAAACUGUUUUUUGAAGACCUUGAACGGCGUCACCAUGACAACCCAGUGAUCCGGGACAUUAGCGAUAUUGUUCAGAAUCACGCUGCCCACCACUUUGAGCCCUACAUCGUCUACUGCUCCAACGAGACCUUCCAGCAGAGGACGCUGCAGAAGCUGCUGACCAGUAACGCUGCGUUCAAAGAGGCCCUGAAACAGAUUGAAGGAAGCAGUGAAUGCGGAGGCCUGCCCAUGAUCUCUUUCCUCAUCCUUCCCAUGCAGCGAGUCACCAGACUGCCACUGCUGCUGGAUACGAUCAGCCAGAAAACUCCAGACACGACAGCAGAGCACUUUGCUGCUGUUUGGGCGCUGCACGCCAUCAGCAAGUUGGUCAAUAGCUGCAAUGAUGGAGCUCGGCGAAUGGAGAGGACAGAGCAGAUGUACACCAUCCAGAAACUUUUACAUUUUGGUAAAAUUAAGCCAUUUCCUCUGGUGUCGUCGUCGCGGUGGCUGAAGAAGCGUGGUGAGCUAGCCUUCGGCACUGAAGAGCUGAGCAUCUGGAGGGCUUUCAGCAACAGGAGCUACUACCUGUUUCUCUUCAAUGAUGUACUGAUCAUCACCAAGAAGAAGAGUGAAGAGAGCUUUGUGGUGAUGGACUACGCUACUCUGGAAAAUGUGGAGGUUGGGGAGGAUGCAGAAGGACGGACAUCUUCGCCUCCCAAAAACAGCCCCAGCUGCUCUCUUUCCUUCAGGCUGCUGAUGAGCAAGAACAGCGAUGGGAAAGCAGAGCGGAUGACCCUGGUGGCCGAGUCCAGGGUGGACCGGGCACGUUGGAUAGUUGCUCUUACAGAACACAAUCAGGCAGGAGUUUCCCCUUGUAAAGACGGUCUGCCACAGUAUGAGGCCACCAAAGCCUACAUGCCAAAGGAGCCAGAUGAGUUGGGGCUGCAACAGGCUGAGCUUGUCAUCCUGCUGCAGAAAGAGGAAGCCUGGUGCUAUGGGGAGAGAAUGAGAGAUGGAAAGAGAGGCUGGUUUCCUGCUACCUGUGCCACAGAGAUCACCAAUCCCACAGCCAUGGAGAACAAUGUGCAACGCAUGAAGCGCCUGCGCAAAGAGACCAAUGUUUGAGGGACUCUCAGGAUGUACAAAAUAACAACACCUUGCAGUAGACUGGUGACUCUCAAUGUCCAGUUUUUGUUGAGACUGCAUUCCAAGAAUGGCCAUUUAUGCUAUCUCAGUGGUCCAAGAUGAAUACAAUGUGACCAUAACGUUGCUGGAUUGAAUCCAGCUAGUGUCCAUGUUUUGGUAUUCUACUGUCAGACUGUCCAAUUAGUUUAAAACAGGUUGUAGUAACACUUAAAUCUCAACCAAAAACUGUAUAAGGGUGUUUUUGUCCAUCUUCUAAAUGUGUAGCCAAUAAAGAACAGACAUUUGCAAUAGCAGGACUUACUGGCCAACAGUGGACAUCUUCACUUGUACAGCACUAUGUUAUUUUCUUGUUGGUGUGAAUGUAAAUUUAAACUUACUUGCUA